CCGCCGCCGCCGGCCCGGACUCGCCCGGAGCGCAGGGUGUCUGCCACGCUGCGCGCGGCGCGGAGGCUCCCGCGCCCGCCGCUGCGCCCUCCAGCCCCUGCUCUCGCGCCGGCCCGCGUGGGUCCCGGCGGGCGCGAACCCACCAUGCAGCUGCAGUUCCGGAGCUGGAUGCUGGCCGCGCUCACGCUGCUCGUGGUCUUCCUCAUCUUCGCAGACAUCUCGGAGAUCGAAGAAGAAAUUGGGAAUUCUGGAGGCAGAGGUACAAUCAGAUCAGCUGUGAACAGCUUACAUAGCAAAUCUAAUAGAGCUGAAGUUGUAAUAAACGGCUCCUCGUCGCCAGCUGUCGUUGACAGAAGUAAUGAAAGCAUGAAGCACACCAUCCAGCCAGCCUCAUCCACGUGGAGACACAACCAGACGCUCUCUCUGAGGAUCAGGAAGCAAAUUUUAAAGUUCUUGGAUGCUGAAAAGGACAUUUCUGUCCUCAAGGGGACCCUGAAGCCUGGAGACAUUAUUCAUUACAUCUUUGAUCGCGACAGCACGAUGAAUGUGUCCCAGAACCUCUACGAGCUCCUCCCCAGAACCUCACCGCUGAAGAACAAGCAUUUCCGGACUUGUGCCAUCGUGGGCAACUCAGGGGUCUUGCUGAACAGCGGCUGUGGGCCAGAGAUCGACACACACAGCUUUGUUAUCAGGUGCAACCUGGCCCCGGUGCAAGAAUAUGCCCGGGAUGUGGGGCUCAAGACAGACCUGGUGACCAUGAACCCCUCGGUCAUCCAGCGCGCCUUCGAGGACUUGGUCAAUGCCACGUGGCGGGAGAAGCUGCUGCAACGGCUGCACAGUCUCAACGGCAGCAUCCUGUGGAUCCCUGCCUUCAUGGCCAGGGGUGGCAAGGAGCGCGUCGAGUGGGUCAACGAGCUUAUCCUGAAGCACCGCGUCAAUGUGCGGACUGCAUACCCCUCGCUGCGCCUGCUGCACGCUGUCCGCGGAUAUUGGCUGACCAACAAAGUCCACAUCAAAAGACCUACCACCGGCCUAUUGAUGUACACCCUGGCCACGCGUUUCUGCAACCAGAUCUACCUCUAUGGCUUCUGGCCCUUUCCACUCGAUCAGAACCAGAACCCUGUGAAAUACCACUACUAUGACAGCCUCAAGUACGGCUACACCUCCCAGGCCAGCCCCCACACCAUGCCCUUGGAGUUCAAGGCCCUCAAGAGCCUGCAUGAGCAGGGGGCUCUGAAACUGACUGUCGGCCAGUGUGAUGGGGCCACGUAAGGUGGGCACCCUGAGGGACUCAAGGGCUCACAUUUCCUGCCGGCUACAACACAGGCAGAUGGGAGUCGGGGUGGCACAAACAAUAGAAAAAGCAGGCUAGUGGUUUUCUUUGUUAAAGUGUAAAACAGUGACCAGAAUAUAUAUAUCUAUACCUGCAUAUAUAUAUUGACCUGAGUAUUUAUAACUGUGUGGUGUUCAUCUAGCAUUAGGCAGAUAAGCCACAGGAAGAAGGUGUGGAGAACCCACCUGAACCAGACUGAGACUCAGUCCAUCUUUGGGGGCGGAAGGACUUGACAUGAAAAGAAGCUAGUCCCAAGACUUUGGAUGACAAACUGCCUCCUGGGUUGGAGGGAUCUUUGGGCUCAUGGAUGAACGGAGAGCCACCUGUUGUCAGCUGCCAUCAGCCUCUAGGAUAUACAGAUUCUGGGUGAGCCAAGACCCAGAGGGGACAUGUGACCCAUUCUAAGACAGGGGCUGUUCACGGAGAAGAGGAAAGUUUAGACAGUUCAAAUGGGCAAAGGAGCACAAUGAAACCAAGUGGCAGGGCCCGGUAAGAAUCAAGGGCCUGUUCCAUGAACUUAAGAGUUUGACUGCCCAAGGAACAAACCAUAGCGUCCUGUGUCAGGCUUCCACAGCCACGGAGAGAAGGCUGGAGGAGACACGAUGGACAGUCCAUAUUCGAUUCUGGCUUGGCAAGAACCACUAAGAACUUUGGGUGAAGCAGGAAGAUGAAACUAAGAGAUGGGGUGUUCCAAAUCAAGUUUGUGAAAAAAUCGAAACCUCCUGCUAAGGGUCUGCUCCACCCCAGAAUAAGGCAGAAGCGUGUCCAAAAUGUGGUGGUUGUGUUGGGUGUUCCUUAAAGCAACUGGAGUCUGUUGAGGAGGAAGAGACCCUGGGAUUUUACCCUCUGGGUCAGUCUCCCUCUUACCCUGUUAGAAUGUCAUGUGGGGGACUCUGCUGUCCUCCUCUGCCACCAGGAAAGCCACAGCAAGGGCUUGAAAGGGUACUCUCAAGAUAAAUGUCAUCCUUCUUAAAAUACCCAUAAAUGCCUUUCUGGGUGCCUGCAGAGCCCCAGAGUGUGAGACCUGAAAGAAUGUUCUCUAGCUCCAUGUCUGAAACCACUCUCUUUGUUUGCUGCAUUCCGUACUCUGUGGGGCCUCAGCAGCCAGACUGCUGUGUCAAUGUCACUUUCCUGUCACUUUGCUAUCCUGAUGGUCCCAGGAGCCCACACCAAGCUCCAAAGCUACAGGGAGAGGUUCCAGUGUGCACCCUACACCCACCCACGUCCCUCUUCCCACAUGGACAAUGAUUUUAGAAUUUUGCAAAAUCUUUGUUUCCUAAGAUGGCACCUGUGGCUCAAGGAGCAGGGUGCCGGCCCCAUAUGCCGAGGGUGGUGGGUUCAAACCCAGCCCCGGCCAAAAAACUGCAAAAAAAAAAAAAAAAAGCUUCAUUCAAAAUCUUUGUUUCCCCUAUUAAGGUUAAUAGUUAAAACUUUACGAAAUAAAAAUUAAAAAAGUCUAGUGCAUUUCCAAACACUAGACCUAAUCUGCUGGGGAAAUCUGGGCUCGAUGCCAAUAACUUAGGGGCUGGACUCACAGGUCACACACUGAAGAAGCAUUAGGCAGCUUGAUUUGUUAGAUGCAUUCCCUGGCCUGAUAAAUAACAGUGUUUUAAAACAUAUCUGAAAGAUAAGCUAAAAACCACUAUCUUGAAGGAGAGUUAAGGGAAGUAAUCAAGAUUUGCUCCUAAGCGAAUGAGACUGGACAUAAUUAAUCAAAGGUAAUUCAGAACACAGCAUUGGCUCUAAAUUAAUGGCUGACGGGAAGCCAGAGGAGGCAGCGGAAGGAUACCCAGAACCAUUAACCCGCACUGGGCUCUGCAGCCCCAAACCAUGAUGACCAUCCUCAUCUCCACUUUUUCUCCCUUGUGGGUUGCUUGAAGUCUGAGAUUUGGGAUUUGCAUUAUACAGCGGAUAUUUCAAAGAGCAACAGCCCUAUAACAGCCUCUGUGGGAACUGAGUGGUUUCAGACUGCUCAAGAGCACUGAAAAUAACAGUAUCAGACUUUACACAUCUCCAGAGUUUCAUCUUGAAGAUCUCAAAGGUCCUAGAAGACAUUUAAUUACUAAAGCUUGCAGUAACCUGGGGAAGAGGUUGAAUUGCCAUCGACGUCUCAGUGAAUCAGUCAAGGUCUUGGGACUCCAGAAGGUUCCACGAUGCGUCCUAAGAGGAACCCAGAUGUCAGGUACUGGAGUUGGCCCAAACUCUGUCCAUCAGGACAGCGCCUCACCCUCCCGUUGGGGGACCUGCAGAACCAGGUCACGGUUUCCUCUCUGUCACAAGUCGGUUCCUCAAACUGAAACUGACAGAAGUUGGAGUGGCGGGAGCCCUUGCGACCUGCCCUGGGGCUCGCUCUGGAGAAAGGCUGGGGGCCUCGGCCAAUCCUCACAUGCACUCCUCCCCAGCUCUGUUUGAUUCUCUCACUGCCAAAAUGCCUUGACCAAGAUAAGACAGGCGCUCCAGGGGCCUUGGCUCACCCUCACUGGCGUCUUUCUCCAUCUGGGCAGCACAGUCGGUAAGCUGCCUGUCCUUUCCUGCCUAUGACAGCUCAGCAGGAGCAAGGUUCCACCGCAGUCUCCACAGUAGGACACCUGGCCUUGGGUGGGCCCAGCAAGUCACCCUGAUCCAAUACCUUGUAGACACAGCAGUCUCCGCCAAGAGGGAGCCGCCCAAACUGAGAUCGCUCCUCAAAAUCUCUUCCCCUUCAUCUUCCUCCGGUUCAGAGGAAGCCUUGUCCGUCCGCUCCUCACUGGCUGUGUUUACGCUCAUGCUCUCUGCUGCUCUUCUACCAUCAUCUCCGCCUCCCACCAGCUUGCCUCCUUCUGCCGGCUCCUGCGGCCUCUGCCCUCACCUCCCUGCAGCUCCAGAUCUAGGACAGAUCCUUACUUUCUGCCUCCCGGCACCACCCAGCCCUGCAGGGUGCUGAGCCCUGACGCUGACCUGCUCUGCAGCGACCCUCCUGCACACUCUCUGGCCCCUUAGUACCAGGAUACAUAUUCUCAUGUUUUUCUCCUCCCUUUCCAACACUUCUUGGCCAUUUAUUUAUUGAUGUGUAUAUUUAUUUCUGUAUUUAUGAUUUAUUUAUUGACACCCCUACCUUGAUCUAAAAAGGAGCCAGGGCAGACCUGACCAUUACUACCCUCUCUCCUCCUUGCUUCACGAUGUAGACAUGCUUUGCACAGGUGUCCUCUCCUUGUCCCCCUACACUCUCGAUCAGCACCUUUGUGCCUGCCUUCCCAUGCAGGCACCACCUCUCUAGGAGGCCCCCAGUCUGUGUGGCCCAGCCCUCCCCCAGCUCCAGCUGGGAUGGACACUCACCCUGUCUGCUCUGCAGCAGUUCCAUAAGCUCCCCCCAUCUGAACCCAGGUGGGUCAUCUCUGCCUCCCUUUCCUCUAUGAUCCCCCCUUUGCCUAUUAGAAGACCUAUGAUCCCAUGACCACCCAGCUGAGACCCUAUUGUCACCGUCAACUCCUCUCCUAUAGAUUGCCUUGCUACUCUCCCCACUAGCUCUAACCUUGCUCUUUACUUGUCUCUGGGGCAUGUGACAGCAGUCUCCCAGAUUUCCUCCGUGCACACUUACACAUUCUCCACUCCAUCCUGAAUGCGCAUGGCAAUUUUUAUCUCUAGCCACUCACAAUCCUUUGAAAGUUCCCCUGACCCAUGAACAAUUGUACAAGGCCUCAUUCUUGCUUCCCACCUGACACGAGUCAAUCUAGAAUAGUUGCCCCUGGAAGGGGUGCUGCAUUUUCCUGUCUCUGUGCCUUUGGCCUGCUGUUCUCAUCCCUGGAAUGCUGGCUUUGUUUCCUUCAAGGCCCAUGCAGAAACCACAUCUUUUCAUGAAGCUCUCCCUGAACUACCAACCACUGGGAUCUCUCCCUCUGCUGAACCACCGUAGCACUUUAUUUGUACCUUUCUCAUGGCACUUACCAUAUUCUGCCUUGUAUUAUAGUUAUUUGUGCACUUGUCCUAUGACCGUUCUUAGAGUGUAAGCUCGCCUAGGGCAGGCACUGUGUUUUAUUCAUCUGUAUCCAUCACGGCACUAGGCGUGGUGCAUAGCACACAGCAGUUGCUCAAUAAAUGUUUGUUGGAUUAAA